UGAGCUAAAAACAAAACUUGACUUUGGUCCGCCAACUUCUGUGUGCUCAGCCAGGCAAAGCAUGAGGUCUGAUGAUUAUCCCUUUUUUCCUCUCAAGAAUCCUGGAAUAUGCGGUGUUUUAGUUCGGAUUUGAUGAUAUUGUCAGAAUUUUCUUUUUAACUUGAUUUUUCCCCCCUUUUCUGCCAAAAAAGGACCAAAACGGAACGUUAGCUUUAACAAACAGCGAACUCCUCCUCUCCGUAUCCCUCACCUCUAGCUCUACCGUCCUGUGAAGGCUGCUAGCUAUGGUGUGAUUCUUGUGACUAAGGGAAGUUCUAAUUGACAUUUUCAUAGCUGAAUGGCUUCAGCGUCUGCCUGUCAGCUGUUGUUUAACACCUGCAUGCUUAAACCCAUACCAUAGCCAUAUUUUGAGCUCCUUGUCGGGAGGAACCGCUAUUUUCUUUUUUCAAGGCGGAAAUAACCAGACUCUCAUCCGCCGCUUUGUAGUUCUUAGCUAAAAAAAAAAAAAAAGAUGUCCUUCUUUAAUUUUCGCAAGAUAUUCAAGUUAGGGCCCGACAAAAAGAAGAAGCAGUAUGAGCACGUGCACAGAGAUGCCAAUCCAGAGGAGAUAUGGGAAAUCAUUGGGGAGCUGGGAGAUGGUGCUUUUGGGAAAGUCUUCAAGGCUCAGAACAAACAGAACGGGACUCUUGCAGCUGCUAAAGUCAUCGAUACAAAAUCAGAAGAUGAGCUGGAGGACUACAUGGUGGAGAUUGACAUUCUGGCCUCUUGUGACCACCCUCACAUCGUCAAACUGCUGGAUGCCUUUUAUUUUGAAGCCAAACUUUGGAUUCUGAUAGAGUUCUGUGCUGGUGGAGCGGUUGAUGCCAUCAUGUUGGAACUGGAGAGACCCCUGACCGAGCCCCAGAUCCGAGUGGUGUGUAAGCAGACCUUGGAGGCUUUGGUCUACCUCCACGAGAGGAAGAUCAUCCACAGAGACCUGAAAGCUGGAAACAUCCUCCUGUCUUUAGAUGGAGAGGUGAAACUUGCUGACUUUGGAGUGUCUGCUAAAAAUACCAAGACGUUACAGAGAAGGGUUUCUUUCAUCGGUACUCCAUAUUGGAUGGCUCCAGAGGUGGUGAUGUGCGAAACUUCGAAAGACCGUCCGUACGACUACAAAGCCGACAUCUGGUCGCUGGGGGUGACCCUGAUCGAGAUGGCACAGGUUGAACCGCCCAACCAUGAGAUGAAUCCCAUGAGAGUGCUACUGAAAAUAGCCAAGUCUGAGCCUCCCACUCUCAUGCAGCCCUCUCGCUGGUCUCCAGAGUUCAGCGACUUUCUACGGAAAGCACUUGACAAGAAUGUAGACAACAGGUGGAGCCCGCUACAGCUCCUACAGCAUCCUUUUGUCAGCAGUGUAUCUGACAGCAGACCCCUCUUAGAGCUUAUCGCUGAGGCCAAAGCAGAAGUCACAGAGGAGAUUGAGGAUAGCAAAGAAGAUGAAGAGGAGGAAGAGCCCGACACACCUAUGGCGGCUCCUGGCCACAAGCGAGUGCCAUCAGAUGUCAGCGUUGCCAGUUCAGAAGAUGACAAAGCUCUACCGACUCCCCCAACUCUGGAAUCUGUUACAGAAACGACGGAAGCUGAGCGCACAGAGGACAGGGCCAGUGAUAAGCUUUCUGAUGAAGGACUUGGAACGAGUGAAGUAGAUAAGAAUGAAGAGGAGAAGCUCAAUGAGGUGUCUGAUGCCAGUAAUGAAGACCUGGCCUCUUGUCUGAGCCAGAACAGCAAGGACUUUAUAUCCCAAGAUUCCAUGCAGCCUAAAGCAGAGGAGGAUCAAGCAGAAAAGGUCACAGAUGGGGAUGUAGUUUUGGAGCUAGAAACACCUGGAGAAAAGGUGAAUUCCCCAGAACUGGUCACAGACGAUCAACAAGCAGUGGAUAAGGUGGACAGUAGAGACAUGGAGCAGAAGAAGACGGAUGAGAAGAAAUUGGGGGAUGAUGCAAUUAAAGUACUUGAUGAAGAGGAACCAAAGGAUGUGAAACAAGAGGAAAAACAAGAAAUGGACAAUGAAAAAUCUCUAGAAUCACAAGAUGAAGCAAAUGACAUGACUUCUACCACAGAAACCACAUCAGAGAAGGUGCCACAGGUGGAAGAAGAAACCAAGGAACCAGAUGAGACAGAGUACAUUCAAGAAGGCAUGGUUAAUGGCAGAGAUAAAAAGAUGGAUGAAUAUGUCACAGAAGCAGAGGGAAAUCAAGUCACGACAUUAAGUGUGGAUGAGUCCUCCACUGAUGAUCUUGUAGAGAACAGGAGCUUAAGUCAUUCAGAGGAGACGCCAAAGGAGGAAGCCUCCAAGGAGCCAGAACAACCAGAAAGUAAGAAUCUAGUCACAGAGGAGUCUAAUCUGCAGGAGCAAGGGAUAGAAAGCUCUCAGGAUUCAGAGCAGACUGCUAAAGAUGAGGAGAAAGCAGACAACAGCUCUGUCCCUGAUGCCGUCUCUGUCCAAGAGAGUGAAACGGAUUCAGAGACCAAGACGGAGCAUGGCAGCCCCGCUGUCAUCAAGUCAGACGUGGAGAAGGACUCGGAUUCAGGAAGCAGCUCUGCUGCUGACGGCAACAGCCUCGACCUCAAUCUGUCCAUCUCCAGCUUCCUGUCCAAAAGCAAAGAAGGAGGAUCUGUCUCUUUGCAGGAAUCGAAACGUCAGAAGAAGACCCUGAAGAAGACGCGCAAAUUUAUGGUGGACGGUGUGGAGGUCAGCGUGACGACGUCAAAGAUAGUGACGGAUAACGACACCAAGAAUGAGGAGAUGAGGUUCUUGAGGCGUCAGGAGCUAAGAGAGCUGCGUCUUCUUCAAAAAGAGGAGCAGAGGGCCCAGCAGCAGCUGAGCAACAAGCUGCUGCAGCAGAGAGAGCAGAUCUACCGACGCUUUGAUCAAGAAACUACUGUAAAGAAGCGUCAAUACGACCAGGAGGUGGAGAAUCUAGAGAAGAAGCAGAAGCAGACCAUCGAACGCCUGGAACAGGAUCACACCAACCGGCUCCGAGACGAAGCCAAGCGCAUCAAAACCGAUCAAGAAAAGGAGCUCUCCAAGUUCCAAAACAUGAUGAAAAACCGGAAGAAAGAGGCCAUUAAGGAGGUCGGACAGGCCCCCAAAAACAUGAGACAAGACCUCUUGAAACGUGUAAAGGAAGACCUGUCGCUCCUCAAGACGGUUGAGGCAGUGGCCCAGGUUAUGAUACAGUCUUUUCAGUUAUCUUCAUGCGCACUCUUCAACGCUCAGAUGCAGGAUGAGCAGGAGUUCCUCCAAAAGCAACAGCAAGAGCUGGACGGAGCGCUAAAGAAAAUCAUCCAGCAGCACAAACUGGAGAUCGCCACUAUUGAGAGAGACUGCCUCAACCACAAACAGCAGCUGAUGAGAGCGAGAGAGGCGGCCAUGUGGGAGUUAGAGGAGCGCCACCUGCAGGAGAAACACCAACUGCUGAAGCAGCAGCUGAAAGACCAGUAUUUCAUGCAGAGACAUCAGUUGUUAAAGAGGCAUGAGAAGGAAAUGGAGCAGAUGCAGCGCUACAACCAGCGCCUUAUUGAAGAACUGAAGAACAAACAGGCUCAGGAGAAAGCGCGUUUACCCAAAAUCCAGCGGAGCGAUGCCAAGACGCGCAUGGCCAUGUAUAAGAAGAGCCUCAGGAUCACUGCCACAGCCGCCAUCACCCCAGAGCAGGAGAGGGAACGGAUCAAACUGUUUGCCGUACAGGAGGAAAAGAGGCAGAAGAACGAGAGACUCCAUCAGCAACAGAAACACGAGAACCAGAUGAGAGAUCUGCAGCUGCAGUGUGACUCAAACGUUAGGGAGCUGCAGCAGCUGCAGAAUGAAAAAUGCCAUCUUUUGAUCGAACACGAGACUCAGAAGCUGAAGGAGCUGGAUGAAGAGCACAGCCAGGAGAUAAAGGAGUGGAGAGAAAAGCUCAGACCCAGGAAAAAGGCCCUGGAGGAGGAGUUCACACGGAAACUCCAGGAGCAGGAGGUCUUCUUCAAGAUGAGCGGGGAGUCGGAAUGCCUUAACCCCACCACCCAGAGUCGAGUAUCCAAGUUUUACCCAAUACCAAACCUGCACAGCUCCGGCUCCUAGCAGUCCUGUCAGACUCUGUCUGUGCUCGCCGACUUCCUAGUGGGACAACUUCUUUCAAGUUUUCCGUUUCCGUUCCACGAUCAGCGAGCAUGACGUGCCUACGCAUCACCGCGGUUUCUACUCAGCUUGCUGGGAAACGUCUAAUGUAUUUUGCACCUUCUUGAGCAAGUUGUAAUGGUCGUUUAGGUGAAGCCGUACGCACAGUGUAAACGAUCUCCAGUGCCUCAUGUUUGUUUGUUUUUGCUUUUGGACCCUUCCCUGUGUUUUCUGCUGCUCGCACUAAAAGCAUCCUCUUUUGAAAGUUUGCACUCGGAUAACUGAAUAUCAUUUGUGCUCACAGCCACAAUGAUGUCUAAGCCUUUGUCUUCGACUGAUAGAAAGCCUUUUACUGGAAAUCCCUUUGACUGCAUGCAGGGUCAAUCUUACUGAAGGAAAAAAAAAGGCUUCAAAGAUUUUUGUAGGAUUUUUUUUUGUUUUACGGCUGUGCAAUUUUCCAUGCGCUCCCUGUAGCGUCGUCACGAGUCAGUUAAGGUCGCGCAUUCAAAUUAAUAUGCUGUGUUUUGUGCUCGGUACAUUUAAGGUUUAUACAAAUGCUCAGCAAGACCCUUUUAGUUUUAUGAUUUGACAAAAAAAUAUGUUUAUUUAUUGAUACAUUAGGUCCUUUGAUUGUCCUGCAACUCCACCCUUUUCUGUUCAAAGUUUAGAUGGAUUUUAUUGAAUUAAUUUUUUUUUUAAAUCUUUGGGACAUUUGGAGCACCGUCAUCACAAAAGUGAUUUCCCGCUAAGUUCUAAUGGAAUGUAAAGCUGUUGAUUUGCACUGUUUUUGCCACGCAAGAGGAAAAUUAUGCAGUUGUAAAUGUUGUCUCACUAAAACUUUAUUUGAAUUCACAGCUGACACAACCAUUUCUAUAUUUUUGCCUGCCUUUUUAACCACUUUUUUUGUUUUUAAAAAAGCUUUUAUCAAGUUUUCCAUACCCUUUUUUCCGACGCUGUAAUUGUUCUUCAUGCUGAGGUUAAUUCCAGGGUAUUAACUGUUAGAAAUAUGUGUGAACAUAAAGCACCCAGCUAUAUUUUAAUAACCUUUUGAGUUUUAUUUUCAGUGCAUGUUGAUGGACUGAACCUUUCAAAUGAACGCUGGCUUCUGUUACCAGACAGGAUGUUGAUUUUUCUUUUUUUAUCAUUUAACACAUGUCGGAUGUCGGAACAAAUGUGUCUUUAUAAAUUGAUUUUAUUUUCCUGUAAAUAGUUUGAAACUUUGGAUGGACCUGUUUUUUGAAAUAAACUAUCAAAAUGUCAAAAA